AUGGGACCUCGGAGAACUCAUCGCAAAAGCCGCAAUGGCUGUCCCCAAUGCAAAGCGCGUCGUUUAAAGUGCGAUGAACGUUAUCCAUGCACCAAUUGCGUUAAGCAUGCGAUCCACUGUGAAUACAUGGCUCCAAAUGAGCCGCAACAAGGUUCUGAUUAUGAGACUGUCUCCGUGACUCCCGUCUCUACCGCAUCCCCGGUGCCCCAGCCCCCAACUCAACCCCAGAUCCCAUCACAGCCGCAGGGUCAUCCCCAUAUGGAUCCUGUCAGCAAUGUGGGGACAAUUAGUGCUAAUUCUCACCUGCAUCAUGAUGGAGUCGUGUCUGAGCCCGAACAAAAGCCAACUUUGUUCGGCAUCUUCCCGAGUGACAUACAAGGUCCCCCUAUCCGUGAUCAAGAGGACUGGGCACUGGAUUUGGAAUUAAUGCAUCACUGGUGUACAUCUACAAGCAGUACAAUCGUGGCUCGUGAAGAUGUGCGGCAUGUUUGGCGUGUUAUCAUGCCGAUGGAGGGGUACUCGAGUAGAUACGUCAUGCACGGUCUUCUCGCCCUUGCCGCUUUACAUCGCUCGUCCCUGGUUCCAAGUCAACAAGAAAAGGAGCGAUAUAUCAAGGCCUCUGCAUUUCAUAUUAAUAGUGGAUUGGCGGAGUUCCGAGAACUCAUCGCAGUACCUCUAAAUAACAGGAACUGGCAGCCUGUGUUUUGUUUUGCGUCAAUGAUCAAUGUGAUUUUGUUAGCGACGCCUACUAGACUGGGUGUUUCUAAAUUGCCAGCUCCGAUUUCCAAUGUUGUGGAUAUGUUCGCGAAUCUCAAUGGAUUGCAGGCUCUUAUGGAGCCAUUCUUGCAUUCUAUUCGGAAGACCCAGCUUGCACCUAUGGUUAAUUCUAUUUGGCUGGUGGAUCCUGAAAUCAUUCCCAGUCCCGCUCAAGUCUCACAAUCCUUGCUUCCACCCGAUACCUGGGUUCAAGCCUCCAACCUACAUCAUUUCAUUGACAGCUAUGUUUUUCCACGGAUGGAAACACAAUCUAGCCAUGGGAGCGCGGUGAACCCCCAACCUACGAACGAUUCUUCGGAUCUUCGAAGCCAUUACAAAGUUGCUCUCGAGUCUUUCGAACGUGCUUGUCGCUCGAUGGAGCUUGCCGGGCUAAAUAUUGAGAGAGGAACGAUCUUUUUGUUCGCACAUACGUUAAGCAAAGAGUUCCAUCAUGAACUUGAAGCGCAUGAACCCGCUGCUCUGGUUAUCCUGGCUCACUACUGUGUGCUUGUACAACUCGUUGAUGAUAUUUGGUAUAUGAGAGGUAUGGCGUCGCAGUUAUUAGAAGAUAUUGAGAAGUAUAUUCGGCCUGAAUUUCAGGAGUGGUUGGUUUGGCCGAGGCAGUGGGUUUAUGAGCGGCGAUGA